AUCCAGCCUCAGUCUAUGUGCUCCGUACACUCUGCCCCCCACACAUCACAGACAUGAUAGGUUUGCUGUGAUCCAGUAUCCAGGAGGGUAGUGUCCAUAUUGAAUUUCCGGUGGGGUGGGGGGGGGGGAGGAAUUAGUCUCGUACAUUUCCACAGAGGAGAACAGGGAACACCUUCUUCACAUCUGCUAUUCUCAUUUACUUCUAUGGCAAAUGCUGCUCCUUCCUUCUACAGCCUUGGACUGAUCUUCAUGGGGACAAGAAAUCCUCUGCUCUUCACGGCUGGCUGACCCUGGACCAGAGGACGAUAUUUCCCCCUUUAAACGGCUGGAUUCACCACUACCUCUUUAAGACAGCUCUCCCCAGCAGCAGAGAAAACCAACCAGACAGAACUGAGGAGGCUAAUAUCACUGAGCUGCCGACCUCAAGUCAACUCACCGCUCUUCCAGACAGGUUACAUGUCAAUCAAGGUGACAUGCACAAAAAUCCACCUAAACCACAGUAACCCUCUUCCGGAGUAUUUUGGUUACAUCCGAAGCAGCCAUGACCCAGCUCUUCUAGUCUCCCCACUGGUUGUGGCUGGGAUUGUAAUUGGACUGGUUCUUUUUCUUUCCUGUGUUACCAUCAUCAUUGGAAGCCUAAGGAAGGAUGGAGGAGACAGAAACUGGCGUCUUGAGAAUCCAAGUUAUGAUGGGAUCUCCUAUGCAACAUCUUCCUUCGGAGACUUGAGGUCUGUUUGUACAGAGGACAUGUCUCCAGCCUUAGAGCAUGGCUCAUACCUAGAGCUUAGCACUUCCUAUCCAGAUUAUCCACCAUGCUAUGAAGACUGUGUUGGGCCAGGAACCUCAGAAGUAUACCUCCCAGAAGAUGAUCCUCCACCGUACUCCUUAGAAGACCCACAUCUUAGACUGGCAUUAUCACUUGGUGAAGAGAUGCCGCUGAGUUCACAAAGUAGCACAGAACAUGCCCAGGUCUCCUUGCCCUUGUCUACCAUUGACCUACAACCUUUUGUACCAGUCCAAACUAUGGCCAAGAGAAGUCUUCACCUCCCUAUAAUACCAAUGGACAUACUUAAAGACGUCUCGUCUCCAGGCAUCCUUGUGUCAGAAGGAAACGUGACCUGGCAAUAUGCUUAGUAGCGUUCUAUCUUGUCUGUUCCAUUGGGAGCAAGAAAUUGUCUUAAGUAUCAACUAUAUGUCAGUGUGACCUUGUGUUUGAUUGGAGAAGUGCAAUUAGUUUAUAUCUAGCAAUAAGCAAGUGCAAUAGUUUUAUAAGGAAAUGUUAUUACACCUUAAUGAGGGCUAAUAAGAACCGUAUCUGUCUCCUACUGCACCUACCACAUAUUCAUUGCAUACACCUAUACAGGCAACAUAUAUUCGUAUAUGGUCAUCUUAUAGUCAUACACAGCCAUCGUGUACACGUACAGUCCUCCUAUACACCUACACAACCGUCAUAUACAUACAAAAAAUCAUCCCAUACAGUCAUCAUAUACAUAUAUAGUCAUCCCAUACACUCAUACAGUCAUCAUAUACUGUACAUAUAUGGUCAUCCUAUACAUAUAUAGUCAUCCUAUACACCUACACAACCAUCAUAUACAGUACAUACAAAAAAUAAUUCUAUACAGUCAUUCUAAACAUAUAUAGUCAUCCUAUACACUCAUACAGUUAUCAUAUACUGUACAUAUAUGGUCAUCCUAUAUACAUAUAUAGUCAUCCUAUACACCUACUCAACCAUCAUAUACAGUACAUACAAAAAAUAAUUCUAUACAGUCAUUCUAAACAUAUAUAGUCAUCCUAUACACCCAUACAGUCAUCAUAUACUGUACAUAUACAGUCAUCUGAUGUCAUAUAUCAUAUGCAUAGUCAUCCUAUACACCUACACAGCCAUCAUAUACAUAUAUAGUCAUCCAAUACACUUAGACAACCCUCAUGUACACAUAUAAAAUCAUCUUUCAGGAGCAUAACUAUGAUUCACAGGGCCCCAUAGCAAAAUAAGAUGGGGCCCCCACCAACUAGUGUAAGACAAUUAAAACAGUGACAUACGUAGAAAUAAUUAAAGGUAUGUAUAAUAGCACCAUAUAUAAUAAAAAACACAUUAUAGCAAAAAGCCACCAUAUUGUUAUUCCCUACAAAAAGGUACAAUGUUCCUGCACCCGAUAGGGCCCCCCAACCUCUGUCUCCCAAAGCAAGUGCUAUGAUUAAUGUUGUUGUAGUUAUGCCCAUGUACUUACAGUCAUUGUAUACACCUACACAGCCACCUUAUACACAUACACAGUCAUCAUUGUAAGAAGGUAAUCAUCGUGGAUGGAAGGUAAGUGUCACCGAGGUUCCUGGCCUCGGUGAAGUAAGAGCCGGUAUUUUAUGUGUCAGCAGCAGCUAUUGCUAAUUGACACCUAAAGAUUUAG